CUAUUCUCUCUCUCUUCUUCUCACAAGUUUCCAAAUUAAUUAUAGAUUUUCUUAAAGCAGGAAUUUAAUGGCGGACGAAGGUAAUCAGACUGUAAAACGAGUAUGUGUGACUGGAGCAGGUGGAUACAUCGGAUCAUGGUUAAUAAAAAAUCUACUAGAAAGAGGCUACACCGUCAACGCCACCCUUAGAAACCCAGGGGACGGGACAAAAUCUGGGCCUUUGUUGGAGUUGCGAGGGGCACGGGAAAGGCUUAAGCUCUUCAAAGCUGAUUUAUGUUUAGAGGGAAGCUUCGAUUCUGCAGUGGAGGGUUGUCAUGGAGUUUUUCAUGUGGCAAGUCCCAUGGAUUUUACCAAAGCUAAUCCGAAUGCUGUUUUCCAGGAUGAUUUUAUUGUACCUGCUGUAAAUGGGCUACUCAAUGUUAUGAGAGCUUGCGUAGGAGCUAAAUCUGUUAGACGUAUAAUUGUCACUUCAUCAGUUGCAGCGGCUUCUCCAAUGAAUGAAAAGGGGGAAUUCAUUCAAACAUGCCUUGAUGAAAGGAGUUGGAGCCCCAUAAAUUUCUUUAAAUCUCAGACAACUAAUUCAGCUUGGUAUACAAUAGCUAAGACAUUAGCAGAGCAAGAGGCCCUUAAAUAUGGGCUUGAUAAUAACAUUGAGGUGGUGAGCAUCCUACCAGGUGUGGUGAUUGGGCCUUGGUUUACAACUACCAGUAAUCCAACAUCUGCUCAAACAAUAUUAGCUCUGACUGGAGGAAACGAUGCAUAUUAUGAAGUGCUCAAGUUUCUCGAUAUCAUGUUGGGAUCUGUACCAUUUGUACAUAUUGAUGACACUUGCAAUGCCCACAUAUUCUUGAUGGAACAUACAAAUCCUCAAAAUCGCUAUGUUUGUGUAUCUGAUUCUUUGAGUCUGAAGUCUCUCAAAGAUUUCCUUGCUGAACAUUAUGUACAACUCAAGAAUUCUCUCAAGUUGGAUGAAGAUGAUGGAGUUGACAGAUUCCUGCCUGUUUCCUCAAAGAAACUUUUGGACAUGGGUUUCUCUUACAAGUAUCGUUUGCCAGAAGCUACUAAGGAGACCAUGGAAUGUGUCAUAAAGAAUGGACUGUUAAAGUUGUAAUCAACAAGCUGUAAUUGGUAAAAUGAAAUGUUGCUUUCAGAUUGGAAAACACUGUUCAAUGUUGAAUUGGUUGCAACCAUUUCAUGUAUUCCACUUCCUUUUAGAUCACAUGUUUUAUCUUCUCCAAUCAGGAAGAAAAUAUUUUAAAUUAGACUAUCAAAUUUUUUUUA